AUGAUCGAGAAGAAGAUCAUAGCCGACAAGUUCAACUCGAAUUUCAUAUGGAUCUUUGUUGAUGCUGCCGAUAAAUAUCCUAAACAAAUGAAUAUCAAAGCCAAUCAGGAGCACAUCAUUUAUGGAGAAAAGUGUCGGCUUGUCGGCUUUUUGGAAACGGAGUCGCCAUCAACCGGACGUUUUUCGACAAAUCAUUCGACCUGGACUCAUUCGCGACCAACUGUCUCCGGAGAACGUUUUACGCAUUCCUUCAAAACUUUGGCAAGCCGAAUGGAGCGACUUGAUCAAACAAUUUCCGACCGUAUUAGAAUUGUUGAUGGAGAGAUCAGUCGACACUCCGAUAAUGAAAAAAUCUGCGAACAAGCCGCUUGUACCCUCAAAACGUGCGAUAAUGUCAUCGUGGAUGUGAAGAAGGAGCUGGAGAUGCUUCAUAGUUUGAGACUAGAAGAUCAGAAGAAGAGCCUUAUGAAUCUGAUUGCUAAGGUACAGAAAAGUGGAAUGAUUCAAGAUCUGGAAAAGUGGAGAAGUCUUAUGGAAUCUCGUUACAUCUUCGAUAACACAUUUUCUUCUGCCACACCACAUGGAGUUCUUGUCGAAAUGUGUCAAUGUCUUGAGCUGAUGAGUUCAAUGUUGCGAUCUGUGGAGCAAUCAAUUGCAGAUAGAAAUCACAACGGAGUCACUGAGAAACAGCUUCACGAGUUUAAAUUAGCCUUUGAUUAUUUCGAUCAAGAAAAGAAUGGAUGGCUAGACUAUGAGCACUUCGAGUUGUGCCUCAAAUCUCAAGGAUAUAACUUUUCAGUUGAAAGUACUCUCAAAGAGACGAUGUCCCUCUUGGAUCCAUCUACGUAUGAAAAGCAUGACUACAUGCGUUAUAUGGUGAAGCAUGAGACAACAAACAUUCUUGACGAUCAUUCAGCCAUUGAAGAUGCUUUGAAGAACCUGGAUGCAAGGAAGAUUUCGGAUAGUAUGUCUCGAAAAGAAGCUGAAUUCUUCAUGAGCAAGAUUGCAAAGAAGGCCGAGACCAGCUCAGACCAAGUUUGCCUGGAAUAUAAGGAUUUCGUUAACAGUUUUUAUUAA